CGCGUUGUUACAUUGACACUCGUAAUACCAGAACCGGGCGGGUAUUGUGAUCUGUAGAUUUUCAACUGCCGAUCGGAACAAACCGUAGGAGUGAAAGUCACUGGUGGACUACAACACAAAGCUGGACAAUCUGAAUUUGUGCGAACUGACUGUCUCCAGGACAUUAUUUAUGGUUCUAUGCCAUAUUCACAAGCAUCCCAAACUUUCAACGUAUUUUGUUGAAAAACCCACCGCUUUUGCAUGUCAAGGAAUGUUAUAUUCGGCAAAAAUGUGAAUCCCAUCCCCAGUAAAGAGGCUUUAUUAUCCCGAUGAAUGAGACCGCUGCCAAUCACACCAAGGUGCCCGACUACUGUCAAUUCCACGCGUGUUUCAAUAAUGGCCAGUGUUUCAUCAUCGAUCCAAAUUCCGGACAAGCCGCCUGUCAGUGUCCACAAGAAUUUACUGGUAAAUUCUGUGAAGUGACCGCUAGGAAAACAUUCAUUUGUUCCCAACUUGGACUUUGCAAACCAUUCGGACCGUAUAUCUUCGGAGUUGGCAUCACCACUUUCCUGUGUUCCGCCGUCAUUCUAGUCUACUUUAUUAUGCGGUGUUGCUAUAGCUUUUGUCAGCCGCUGCAGAACCAAACUUCAUCCAUUUUGGUUAACAACGCGGCGAACACUCAAAAAGUUGUCGAUUCACAUAGACUCAAGCAAAGUGGGACACCUUUAAACCAGCAGUAUGGAAGGCGUUUUGUUCCUGCCCAAAUCCGAGCAGUCCCUACAAGUCACGCAUCUUCUUCCAGAACAUGCUUGCGGGCCAUACAACGUCGCCAGAAACGCCUAAUUGCUGUCAAAUACGGUGCAAUAAGGCCAGCUCCGUUAAAGCGCGAAAUGAGUGGCGUUGCAAACCACAUAUCUUAUGAUCCCAGUUUUGGCACACCAACACCUCUAAACGGGAUUCGAAAUGGGAUUUUCGAACAGAAUGCCGGAGGACAAUGGGGCUUCACCAGAAGCCAAUUCCGGAGAGCUAUCACAAGGCCGAUCAUCUUACGUCCGUCAGAAAAACCUUACUCAAACGAAACUUCCUCAGAAACAGAGAGUGGACAAACACCAACCUCUAAUCGUCCUACAACCCAGGCAAUCUCUACCAGCAUCAAGUACCUCCAGAUGCAACCAACAAUAUCCUACGCAAACAACAUCUCGGACUUUGGAUUUUCCAAUUUGUCCUACUGUUCUCAGAGAGCCAAUGGCAGCAACUGUGGAUUAGUGUUGCAUCCUCCUUUCGUCCUUCCAUCUCAUACCACCGGUUUCAAUUGGCCACCGGUGAUUUCCCAUAACCCCUCCCCAUGUCUAAGAACCAAACCAGAUGACUUUGUUUCAAAUCAGUGUCACUGUCUGAAACAGUCAGAAAAAACGGCACAUUCUAUGCUAAUCAAUAAGCACAUGCCAUGGCAGCACAGCUUAUGUGCCCGACACAUAGCUCAUCAAAUAACAUCGGGACAGGUUAACGGAUUCAAACCUCCUGUUGUAGAUCAUUCACAUCGAGAUGACGGUGAAGCGUAUGAAAAUUUUGCAAUGUUAUAAGCAUUUUGUUUAGCUGAUUUGUACAUAAGUGUAAACAUGUGACAAUUGUCACUAGAAUCGUGAUUCCACUCAGACUUGAUUCUCGUUCGCAGUCUCAUAAUGUAUGUCAAUAAGCUUUUCCAAAACCUUGUCGUUUGAAUGUGCGAACAAACGAGAAAAAAUAUAUCAGUGUAUCUG